AUGUGUGGUAUCUUUGCUGCGUUUAAACAACCAGAAGUAGAAGCAUUCAAAGCCAAGGCUUUACAAUAUUCCAAAUUAAUCAGACACAGAGGUCCAGAUUGGUCAGGUAACAGAGUCUUAGACAGCACUAUAUUAUGUCAUGAAAGAUUAGCUAUUGUCGGUUUAGACUCCGGUGCUCAACCAAUUACCUCCCCAGAUGGUAACUUCACUUUAGCUGUCAAUGGUGAAAUUUAUAAUCAUAUUCAUUUAAGACAAGAAUUUUCUGAUUAUGGAUUUAAAUCUCAUAGUGAUUGUGAACCAAUUAUUCCAUUAUUCCAAAAAUAUGACAUUGAUGCACCAAAAUACUUAGAUGGUAUGUUUGCUUGGGUCUUACAUGACAAAGCCAACGAUAGAAUUGUUGCCGCUAGAGAUCCAAUUGGUAUUACUACUUUAUAUAUGGGUAAAUCAAUCAAAAACCCAGAAACAAGAUAUUUCGCAUCUGAAUUAAAAUGUUUAAUUGAAGAAUGUGAUAAUAUUGUUGCAUUCCCACCUGGUCACAUCUAUGAUUCCAACACUGAUCAAAUCACCAGAUAUUUCCAACCUACUUGGUGGGAUGGAUCUAAAAUCCCUCAAGCCCCAGUUGAUUAUAAACAAGUAAGAGAAACCUUGGAAUUAGCCGUUAGAAAGAGAUUAAUGGCUGAAGUCCCAUAUGGGGUUUUAUUAUCCGGUGGAUUGGAUUCUUCACUUAUCGCUUCCAUUGCUGCUAGAGAAACUAGAAAAGCUGCCGAAAAAUCCUAUAACCCUCAUGGUAUUGAUGCCAAUAAGGAAUUAUCCGGGGUUGAUGAUUCUGGUGCAUUACAUUCAACUUCUCUUUUCAACCAAUUACAUUCUUUUGCCGUUGGAUUACCAGGUGCACCUGAUUUAAUUGCUGCUGAAAAGGUUGCCCAUUUCAUUGGUACUAUUCAUCAUUCUCAUACUUUUACUUUAGAAGAAGGGUUAGAUGCUUUAGAUGAUGUUAUUUAUCAUUUGGAAACGUAUGAUGUCACCACCAUUAGAGCUUCUACUCCAAUGUAUUUAUUAUCCCGUAAGAUUAAGGCCCAAGGUGUUAAGAUGGUUCUUUCCGGUGAAGGAUCAGAUGAAAUCUUUGGUGGAUAUUUAUAUUUCGCCAAUGCACCAACUCCAAAGGAUUUCCAUGAAGAAUGUGUCCAAAGAGUUAAGAACUUACAUUAUGCUGAUUGUUUAAGAGCUAAUAAAUCAACUAUGGCUUGGGGUUUGGAAGCUCGUGUUCCAUUUUUGGAUAAAAAAUUUUUGGAAGUUUGUAUGAACAUCAGACCAGAAGAUAAAGUUAUUAAACCUGGCUUUAUUGAAAAAUACAUCUUAAGAAAAGCUUUUGAUACUAGUGAUGAUCCAAAUGCUACACCUUAUUUACCAGAAGAAAUUCUUUGGAGACAAAAGGAACAAUUUUCCGAUGGGGUUGGAUAUUCUUGGAUUGAUGGUUUGAAAGAUACUGCUGAAAAAAUGGUUACUGAUGAAGAAUUGGCCAAUCCAAAACCUGAAUGGGGUGAUGAUAUCCCAACUACAAAGGAAGCUUAUUGGUAUAGAUGUAAGUUCGAUAGAAUGUUUAACAACUCCGAAGCUGCUGCUAAGACAGUCAUGAGAUGGAUUCCAAAGGCUGAAUGGGGUUGUCAUGCUGAUCCUUCUGGUAGAUACGCUACUACCCAUGACCACAAGGUUGCUGAAGUAAAGUAG